UCUGUGGCUGUUUGUUCGUUAGUUAGCGUAAAAAAAACAACAAAUGGAUAAAAAACUGGAGACGGAUAACCUGGAAAUGCGUCUCCAGGCGCUGGAGAGUCGCUUAUACGGCGAGAGAAGAAGCAAAAGCGGGAAACCGGUGAAGUGUGCUGAUUCACUGGCCAGAAUCCAGGCAGGUCUGACCAACACGGCCAACAAGAGAGAGCGAGUCAAGAUCCUGCACAAGAAGAUUGAGGACCUGGUGAAGUACCUGGACCCUCAGUUCACCGAUCACAUCACUGUACCUGACGCCAUGAAGCUGGAGUUCAUUCUCGCUGAGGAGGACUUCUUGCUUUCCCAGGCGUCUUUGCUGGAGCAGGUCAGCAACAUGCAGCCCCUGCUGGACAGCACCUACAUCAGAGACGUACCAGAACACGCCACCAAGCUGCAGCGCCUGUCACAGAUUCACAUCAAGGAGCAGGACCAAACUGAGGCUCAGUCCCUGGAAGUGAAGAAGCUUUUUGAGGAGUACAACAAAAUGAUGUUCCUGCUGUCCAAGCAGUUCACCCAGUGGGACGAGACUCUGAGGAAGCUGGAGGAAGCCAAGGGCAUCCGGCCUGUGGAGUAGCUACUAUCAACACACGCAUGAGGAUGGUGAUGGUGAUGAUGAAGAACACUGCACUGUGGUGGGAGCUUUAGAUCAGACACAGGUUCUAUACGUAGCGUGUUCCCCGAUAAGUCAAAAGAAAAGUAAGGCAGGUAACAUUUCAGUUUUAUUUUGAACUGCUUUGAAACCGAUUGUCUGAUUCCAUGAGAUUUUUGGUUUUAGAAAAAUUCUCCAACAGAGCAAUUACCUCACUCAAAACACAUUUCAUCUGGGAUUUCAGUACAAGCUCAGAUGUCUUGUAAAUUAGAUUCUUUUUGCUGUGGUGGAUGGAAAUAAACUCCAUAUUAAUAACCACUAUGUGUGUGGAACUCGCAGGUAAACUGACCUACUACCAGAGACUGAUGCGUCUCCCAACUCAUGUACCAGUAAUACUGUACUGUUUAUACAAUCCCAGUCAUACAGUCAAACUGGAAAGGACUGGAUGAAAUGUAAAAUAUUCUGAUAAAUGUAUGAACUCUGUCUCGUGUGACUCUUCGUUGGUCAUCUGAAGGAACUCGCUCCCAUCACGUGACGUGUGGCUCAGACGCUGCUGUUAUUUAUUUUCAGACAACAGAGCUUUUUAUGCUCGCGUAUCUACUCGACUUGUAACACAUUCCAACAUCCCUGCCGCCAGCCAGUCACAAGACUUGUUUUCCCACCCACACACACACACACAGUGUCCUCAAGGCUUCACAUUUUCCCUCUGGGUCUGUAUUCUGGUUUUAAAAUGUUCUGAAUGUCUCAUGUGUCAUACAGCACGACUGCAGUUCAUACAAUAAAUAUUAUUAGUGUUUUCUUUGACUUA